AUGUUCCGUUCUAUUAAACGUAACGCCCUUGUGAAGCGCUUGUGGAAAAAUCGCAUUCUACACAAUGAAACCUCGGGUACGACUGAAAACGGUGGCGCAGAUGAUCCUUACUAUGUAUGCUGUAAUCCUUACCACUGGAGUCUCUUACUGAACACAGAGUCCUUACCAGUCAGUAACUGCGGAUUAAACACCGAACGGGUAAAAGUGACGACAGACCGCCUGUUGUUGGCAAGGGAUCCUGUUUCAACUGAAACUGGUCUUACCCCAACUCCCUAUCGGUUGUCUUCUUCAGAUGGUGUCAAUGGUACACAGAACUAUUGGUGCAGCAUCGCAUACUGGGAAAUGAAGGAGCGAGUGGGACGGUUAUUCCGUGUGCAGCAACCAACCAUAAACAUAUUUCAACUCUUACCUCAUGGUGACGGCAUGUGCCUCGAUAUUCUACAGACCGAGUCCAGCCAGGAGGCCGUUCGGCGGACCCGCGAGAAGCUGGGGCUCGGAAUCAUACUAAGCAAAGAGGGCAACGGCGUAUGGGCAUACAACCGUUCAUCUUGCCCGAUUUUCGUCAACUCGCCCACGCUGGAGACCCCUAACAGCCGAGCGCUGGUGGUACGGAAAGUUAUGCCCGGAUAUUCAAUCAAAAUUUUUGACUAUAAAUGUUCGGAACAGUUUGAAGCAAUCCGAGAUCCUCAGUAUUUAGACGGGCCUUAUGACCCCAGUUCCAUCCGGAUCAGCUUUGCAAAAGGCUGGGGUCCUUGUUACUCUAGACAGUUCAUAACUUCUUGUCCGUGCUGGAUUGAAAUUUUAUUGAAUGUCAAUAGGUGAUAAAAAUGUUAAUACUGUUUUACUAUUAUUAUUAUUAUUAAUAUUAUUAUUAUUAUCAUUAUUGUUUUUUUUUUUUCAUCUUUUAUUUUAAAAUCACGUUUUUUUUUUUUAAAUUAAAAUUUUUUUUUUUUAUUAUUAUUUUAUUUUGAAAAAUGUACAUAUGCCUGCAGGCCAUCAUAACCAUGUUUCGAAGGGGAGGUGGAGAUAUACUUUUUGUGUGUGUGUGUACAUGAGAGAGGGCGGGAAGGGUUUUUUGUGCGCAUGUGUAUGUGUGUGUGUUACCCCCCUCCAUUGCGCAUGCCCUUCUAAUUUAACAAAAAAAGCUGUGUGAAUCAAGUGAAACAUGAGCCAAAAGAAAAUGCACUGGGGGGGAAAGGUGAACCACUGUAUCCUGGGAUGGGGUUACUAUUAUCAUGUACUAUGGUCAUAGAAGUAUUAUUAUUAUUAUUUAGAUUAGUACAAUCAGUAAGGAAGAAGGGAUAUUUAGUUACAUUCCUUCUGUAUGAUUUUUGUUUUUUAAAUUUUUCCAUGAUCAACAUUGCUUUCUAAGGUUGAUAUAACUUACCCCCUCUACCCAAAACUUGUAGCAUUAGACUUAAGUUUGAAAGUAAUUAUCAAAAUCUUUAUUGUUAUUAUUAUUAUUAAUAUCAAUUAUUAUUAUGGUGGUGAGCUGACAGAAAUGUUAACACACUGGGCGAAGUGCUUAGCGGGAUUUUGUCUGUCUUUAUGUUCUGAGUUCAAAUUCCACCUAGUCAACUUUGCCUUUUGUCCUUUUGGGGGUCGAUGAGAUAAGUACCAAAAUUGUUGCCCUUGUGGCAAAAUUUGAAACUAUUAUUAUUAUUAUUAUUAUUAUUAUUAAGGUGGUAAGCAGAGUUGUUAGCGCCCCAGGUAAAACGCUUAAUGCUAUUUCAUCUGUCUUGAUGUUCUGAGUUCAAAUUCUGCCUGGGUCAACUUCGCCUUUCUGGGUUAACUUGAAUACAUACACCCUUCUCUUUGAAAUCCUAUGGCUUUGUGUCUGUAUAAGAAUAUAUUAUUAUUAUUAUUAUCAUCAUCAUUUUAUUUAGACACCUUUACAUUUGAGAUUCCAAUCAUGUGGGGUUUGAUUGUAUCAAGCAGAACUUUCUGCUGCUUUACAAAUACUUGGCCAACAUACCAUGUCAUUAAUUAUCUAACAGCAAUUAAGUCUUUAAAUUUGAUGAUUUACAUUAAGUGCAUAUAUGUACAUAUAGACACAGUGUGUGUGUGUACACACACUCAUAUAGUUGGGGAUGGUCAUUUUUUGCUAAUUAAACAUAUGCACUAUUUGAUCUUCACUUUAGUUUGUCUGUCAAAGUUCUUUUGCCACAUACUGUGACCUCUUCUGCAACUCACUCUCCCAUAUGUCUCCUCUUGUUUUGUCUAUUCCAUUUUGUUCUUCUCUUGCCUUAACAUUUCCAGCCUUUAACUCUGAUCAAUUGUUAAGUGUGUAGUCUUUAUUUAACUAUGUUCUGUGUGUAGAGAGCAACCUUCUGGGGCUGAACUGACGUCAAGUAGAGAUUAUUAGAAGACCUCGCGUGCUUCUCUCUGAAGACUGAUUUGACAGGUGAGUAAGAAUAUGAGAAAGCUCACAGACACACACAAGUGAGAAAUGCAUCAAGACAUGUUUCUGAAAGUGUGAUACAACCUCUUCAGUAAGGAAUGUAAGAGGAUCGGCCAAAUUUAUAAGGGGCCAAACAUAAACAUGAGGAUGAUGAUUAGUAGUAAGGAAAAUAAUAAUAAUAAUAAUAAUGGAAACAAUAAUAGUAAUAGUGGAAUUCUGAUCUGUAUGUGUGUAUAAAAAUAUAGGUUCUGGACAUAUGAUAAGAAGCUUGCUUCCCAACCACAUGGUUCCAGUUUCAGUCCCACUGCAUGGCACUUUGGGCAAGUGUCUUCUACUAUAGUCUCAGGCCAAUCAAAGUCUUGUGAGUGGAUUUGGUAGACAGAAACUGGAAGAAGCUCGUAUGCAUGCUGUUGUGCCUGUGUUUAUAUCCCUGUAACUUAGCGGUUCGGCAAAAGUAACUGAUAGAAUAGGUACCAGGUUUAACAAAAAAAAAGAAAA